AUGUUCAGCGAGUACAACCAGUUCGUGUUGAGGAACACCGCCCAGAUGCCUAUUACCCGCUUCACCAUGCCCCGCGUUCCCAAGAUGAUUGAAGCCAUCUGCCCUGGCUGCUCCAAAGGGUUCACCAAGAUAGGCAGCAUGCACCGCCACGUAUAUGAAGACCGAUGUCCCCACCCGAUACCGCAAUUUGUCGCCAAAGUCAAAGCUGAGCACAGAGCGCGGGUUGCCGCUGCUGCUGCCCGGUCCAAGGCUCGCAAGGCAGCCCGUGCUUCACGGGCUGACCCGCUUCCCGCCGCCCCGACCCCGGCCGUGAGGGAUCACCCUAGCCGGGCAAGGGAAGCCAGCAUGGGCCGAAGUCCGGGCUUUUUGCAGGAUGAUUGCGCCUCGCACGUUGCUCAGCAGAGGGAUCUGGGGAUGCAACAACAGAACGACUUCUGUCCUAUCAUCAAGACUGAACCGGACUUUUCUGCUUUUAACUUCCCGAGUCUCAUUGCUAGCUGGGAUUUGCACGAUGUGGGCAUCAACAUCAAAACCGAGUCUCAGUGGUCUUGA